AUGGCACAAAAGUCAAUGGGCAGGAAGGUGCCAUGUAAGCAACUGGCCACCAAGGCAGUCCACAAGAGCGCGCCAGCCAUGGGUGACAUGAAGAAGCCGCACUGCUACAUGCCGGACACUGUGUCACUAAUCAAGAUCCGCCAGGUGCCGUUCCAGUGGCUGGUGCUUGAAAUCGCACAGGACUUCAAGACUGACCCAUCCUCCCAGAGCUUGGCUGUCAUGGCGCUGCAGGAGGCGUGCGAGGCCUACCUGGUGGCCUGCCUCUUUGAGGACACCAAUCUCUGUGCAUUCCCCACCAAGCAUGUCACCAUUAUGUCCAAGGACAUCCAGUUGGCGCGCUGCAUCUGUGGAGAGAGAGCAUAA